CCUCACUCUAUAGCAGCGAAAUGGGCUCCAAACUUUGGGAGUCCAAGGUGCCAAGAUGGCAGGCGCUGGCAUUCAGUUAGCAGCGGCAGCACCAUUGCAGGGCAGAAAAUUACGGUGUGAUGGAGCGCCGCAAGCUGCGCACUCUCUGGCCUGUGUGCCAGGCCCACAACUGGGUUCGUUUACAGAAGCGCAACCGCCAGGCUUCAAGUCGGAAUUCCGGACAAUUGUAGAUACCCUGCCGUGUUUCGCCAAUCUUGAUGCAAAUCGCGGCGACCGCCCGCACUCAUCCGUCCGAAAGCCAGCGGCGCACGUACUGUUGUAUGCAGAUGAUCCGCGACUGGCGUGGCCAGUACGACACGAUGCCGCACUCGCGGCGCUAGCGGCGAGAUCCGCACGUCAGGGGCACUGGCCCAUGGCGGCGCUUUGUGUUGGUUCGGGCAAUUUUGCCUACGGCGGCUUGAGUUGCCCCUGA